AUGUCAACAGCAACGUAUUAUUGUCACGAUUGUGAAGCAAGAAGACUCGUAGACUGGACGAAUAUGGCUUCUUGUACAGAAUGUGGCAGUACUUUACUAGACCAAAUACCUUUUGUAGACGAAGAAGAAGAGGAUGUUUUCAGUGAAACGGAAAGCUUCUUUUUCUAUCAAACAAAUAUAGAAGAAGAUGAAGAAGAAGAAGAUGAAGAAGAAAGGUGUCUAUUUGAAUAUUUGUCCUCUAUUUAUCAACAAACGCAUAUGGAGCACGAAGAAAAAGACAGAAGAGAGUUCUUGAAUCAUUUGAUGGAUAUGAUGACUAACUCUGAAGACAUCAUUCGUAGUUUAAACAAAGUUCGUCUGGAAAUUUCUGAUCCAGGUGUGAAUGAAGAGUGCAGUAUUUGUCAAGAGAUCUUUGGGAAUUUAUUGGAUGUUACUGUCUUACCUUAUAUUGAUAAUUUGUUUGCUCAAGACAUUCCUACUUCUUUAGAAGAUUCAAUGGUCACUCCUUAUUCAAGUAUGAACUGGAGACAACAAACUCAAGAAUCCCAAAGGACGGAAGACGAAUAA